GGGGGGAAAAAGGGACCAAAAGUUAUUUUAGGCUUCCUCAAUAGAUUGCAUGUGAAGUUGCUUAUUAGAGUAAGAGGCUAAUAAAUGAAAUAUGUAUCGUCUUUACUAUGGCAUCUGUUUAGGAGUUGUUCAAAUCACUGCAGUAGGGCUCUACAAAUACAAAUGAAACCUAACAUCAUGUAUCUAAUGUACUGUAUCUUUAUCAGUGAUAGGUGAAAUCUGGAAUAACAAGUGCAAAAAAACAAAACCAGAACAAUUACCUAUAAUGCUUUGUAAAAGAGUUUUUUCCAGUAGAAAUCAUUCUUGUCAUUUUGUAAGACAACCCUACAGUCCACCUGUUUGUAACUUUUUUUAAUAAAAUAGAUACCUGUAUUACCAAACUGGGGUGAACUGGUCUGUGUUCCAUUUCUUCUAGAGCGGGACAAACAAGCAAGCCUCUUACGUAAGUAUGUGUGUGUAUAUGUGUGUGUGUAUAUAUAUAUAUAUAUAUAUAUAUAUAUAUAUAUGUAAUUAAUUUUUCUGGUUUGAAUAUAAUGUUUUUGUCCAAAUCUGUAAUGGCCUUAUUUUUUCAUGCAGGCAUUUCUGUAUGUGUAGGUGGCAAUGGGUGCAGGUCCUGCUGCGGACAUCUUACCGUGUCUCUGUAGCUGCUGUCCCUCGUGGUAACCCUACACUGGCCUCUCCACCACGCUCACUGAUGAGCACACUUGGACCUCUGCUUUAGAGAGGCAGAAGAUUUAUCUAAGAAACCUUUCAGCUGAGAGUGCUGUUUGCUGGCUGUUAUCUUAAAUGCUCAGUAAAAGCCUUACAUUUGUGAAGUCAGUGAUUGAGUCAUCUGGGCUCUGUAACAAGAACUGCAUCUUCCUCAGAGCUUAUUGUCUUGGUCCUUGACCUUUUGUAUCGCUUUUGUAACUAAAGGUGUGUAUUGAUGUGAAAUGUGUUUGAAGCUUUAAAACCAGCCUUGCUGUCUUAGCAGCACUUCUGGUUGGGUAGGCAGGCGUGUCGCCUCCCUUAAUGCCCCUCCUCCUGGUAGAACGGCGUGAGCCUUAUCUUGUUGGUAGGCUUCCACUUCCUCUCUGAGAUGGGGAAAUCGUUUCCAUCUCAAAGGAGAAUGACAGAGAGGAAGGACAGGCUCCCAUCCCCAGUCAGCCUGCAGCAAAUGAGUGCUUUCUGCAGGCUGUUGUGACCGGCACUGAUGUGUCAGUGAGUGCGCCUGCUGACAAAGACCGCUGUGCUUUGAGAUGCAGUUGGUUGCUCCUUGUCUGAAUGAUUUCUCAUGCAGUUAAAAAAAAAAAAAAAAAAAGGAAAAAAAAAAGUCAUUGAACAAUAAUAUUCCUGCUCCUUGUGGCACUGAGCUGCUUCUGUUCCUGCUCAGACCAGGAGCUGCGUGUGGUUGCAGCCAGGAGGUCUCAGUGCCCUCGCCUCUCCAGUUUGUGUGGUCAUCAGGUCUGGGAGCUGUAAGGAUCCAGGUAAGACUGUGUGUUAAGGCCAUUAUAUUUCAAAGGUCUCGGUGCUGAGAGUCAGCUCAGCUGCUGCUGUACGAAGUGUGAGCGGUGUCUUCUGCAAAAUAGGCGUGACAGCUUUGUGCUGCUGUAAGCCUGGGUUAGAGGGCACAGAGGUGGAGCUUCCUAGGCAGCUUUGUCUUUGGUUUCACAGUUCCUGCUACCAAAGUGCACGUGCCGUGCAGAAAGCUCCCCCCGUCCUGCUUCUCACACAGGUUUGGCCUCCCUGCUGUGUGUGAACGGUGCUCAUGCAGACCUAGAGGACAAUCCCUAUCCUGCAUAGCACUGUGACACGUAAAUGAAGUGCUAACCAGGGCAGAGCUGGCCUUGCACGCUCGGUGUGAAGCUGCGGCCCCAGGAGGAAGUGCUGCAGAUACCCGUGUGGGUGGGGUGCAAUGCGGCCGCCGCACCUCAUGGCGGGUGGUGAGCUGUUAUCUGCCCCAGUCAGCUUUGCUGUAAUUACAGCUCUGAGCAGGGUGCAAGUGUCUAGUCUUAAUUAAAAUGAGAUACGGCUUCUAAAACAAUGUGUGUCGAUCAGUUGGAGUUCUCUCUGCUGGCCGGUCAGCAGUCCUGGGGUGCGGAGGUGGGCACUUCUGCCAUGCUUUGGGUCACAGCUGAGGAGGCUGUGGGCAUGGCCCUGUGCUCCAGUGGUGUGGAGGUGAAAUCAUCGGCUUUUUAGAAACCAGUGGUACUUUAAAAGUAGCCGGUUUUAGCUCUUCCUGGUCCUUAGAGCUGCAAGGAGCAGAGGAGGUGAACUUUCAGCUGUAUAUCAGCAACAGCAGCGCUCCAUUCAAAGGUCAAAUCCCACUGUAGUUAUUUGUUGGCUCUGCUGAGGGCAGCAUUGAGCUUAUAAUAGCUUUGCUGGCAGCAAUGGUGCAGUUUAAUUACGGGAUUGUAGAGAGCGAAGUGCGUUGCUCUUCUCAUAUAACCUGUACGGGUAGUAUGGAAUCCACGUUUGAAAACUGCCUGUGGUCCUCUCAAAGCAGUGGUUCUCUUCGAGCUCUGCAAAGGUCUGGAGCUAAAUGCAACAGUUGGUGGGGGAGAGUCUCUUGUGUUGCAGGAACCUGAAAUAAUCCUCACUGAAGGGACAUGUAUGUAUGCUUUUAAUGUUUGGUUUGUGAUAUGCCUGUGCUCCUUGGUGCCUGUGACGUUCCUUAAGGGGCUACUUGUGCUUUUGGGAACUGACAGGCAGGAUGGUUGUGAGCCUGGGGUCCAUCCUUCCACUGUAGGAGACCUGAGGCACUUACUUUUCAAUGCAAAUUAGCAAUGUCUGUGGUCACUGUGGGAAAGCAAGAAGAAAUAAACUGAAUUUUCGGUGAAACUGCUUCGUGUUGGAAAGGAGAGAAAAGCUCUCAGGGUGAAGUGCUGAGUGAUGUGCGUCUGCAGGUGAUGGAGCACUUUUGGAUACAACAGGGGAUGAGCAUUGGCUGGGUGAAGGAGCAUGUGUGGUGUGCCCAGCCCUGCCUCGCUGUGCUGGGUUGCUGUGCAGGGUCUCUCCAAGUCCCCCGAGGCCCCGUGUUCCUACAACCUCAGUCACCUUGCUGAUCCUGGCACUGGUUUCCAUGGGCUGUCUCAGGAAUUAGCACGGACUUGCCAAAUGCACUAUAUUUAAGCUCAGAAAUGCAAACGUAGCUUUGAAAUAGGUGUGAAUAAAGAUUUUAGCUUCGGGGCUCUUCCCUGUGGUCGGGCUGUGUUUGGAAGCGCGUUGCAGUCUGGCUUUGAGUGGCUCCUUUUGGGGAAAUGUCUGUUAAUUACCUCUCCAAACAAGUGUUUUAACUAUGUCAGCUGUUUCUCACCUGGCAGAACACUGAAUUGUUUUCUGUGAGCCCAGAAUGACAAACUUAGAAAGGCCUUAUGGACAUCCCCUCGAAACCUUUUGCCAGUCAUGGUGUAGGAAUGUUCCCUGUUCUUUGAAUCAUGUCUGCUUUGCAGCUAGCACGCUCUGCUGGAAGGCCCUGAAAGAGGAACUGUGGGAGAGGGGUUGCCUUGGACUGCUCCAAAAGCAGCAAGCUCCCACUUUCAGAUGGACGCUGCUCUGCUGCCUUCUCCUCCCUGCUGUAAAGAAUGACUUUCACUCAACUUCAGCUCUGAAUUGAGCCCUAUACUUGAAAUUUGGUGGGCCUUGAUAAAGCUUAUAAGGGUCUUUAAAGGAGAGGAGCAGUAGAUGAGAGGCUGCGAGGGAGGAAAACGUUACCAAAACACAGGGUCGAUGUCUGUGUGGGGAGCUGGGUCCGAUCCCUUAGCCUGGAGGCUCCUUGACAACACGUGUGUUUCUUUGCCUAGAUACAAUCGAGGCUUACUCAACCAGAGGUGGUUGUCUUGAGCCUAGAGGGAAACCACAUCUGUCAUGAGAGUAAGCAAUAUAGUUCCUUAGAAGUCCAUCCUUUCUUCUAGCACUCAUUCUCUUCUUCCACUGUUGGAGAGUCAAUCUGAUAGCUUCCUCAGCAUCAGCCUUUGGCCAUAGGAUUGUUCUUGAUGAUGCUCAGCAGAGGCUUCCACCAUCCUGGCCUUUAAUUCCCUGCUGAGCAGUUGCUGCUGCUUACGGUCUCGUAACUCUAUUGCCAGAGCUAUGUGAGCAGGGAGCGGGCGCUGCCCAGCUGUCAUUCAGGUUUCUGCAGUGUAGUGCCUGUAUGGCGAAACCAAUGUGAGCUCCUAGCUGGGCUCUGAUGUUUUCUGCCUUGGAGCAGAAAACAAGAGCAGGCUUGAAAGCUCUGCACGUGCCUCAGAGAGCCAUACAGAAGGGGUUGAUGGGUUCAUCCGACAGCACUGAUGAGGACAGAGCCUGGGCACCGUGAGCUCGCAGGACUACUGACUGCAGCAAAAGUCCUGCGGGAAGGGGCUGUUCAACCUCACCUGCAGCCAUCUCAACCUGGCAGAGAAGGAAUACUUCGGGCUGGAGUUCUGCAGCCAGGCUGGGAACCACGUCUGGUUGGAGCCUCUAAAGCCCAUAACAAAGCAAAUUAAAAAUCCUAAGGAGGUUCUUUUCAAAUUUAUGGUGAAAUUUUUCCCAGUGGACCCCGGACACCUGCGAGAGGAGCUGACGAGGUACCUCUUCACCCUGCAGAUCAAGAAGGACCUGGCGCUGGCGAGGCUGCCCUGCAGUGACAAGAGUGCGGCGCUGCUCGUCUCCCACCUGCUGCAGUCCGAGCUGGGUGACUUCCAUGAGGAGACGGACCAGCAGCACCUGGCCACGCACAGGUACCUGCCCAACCAGGAGUACCUGGACAACAAGAUCAUGCACUACCACCGGCGGCACAGGGGGAAGACGCCGGCUGAGUCAGAUGCCCAGCUGCUGGAUGUGGCCAGGAAGCUGGAGAUGUAUGGGAUUCGCCCACACCCUGCCAGCGACGGCGAGGGGACGCAGAUCAACCUGGCGGUGACACACAUGGGGGUGCUGGUCCUGCGGGGCAAUACAAAGAUUAACACAUUCAACUGGUCCAAAAUUCGCAAACUGAGUUUCAAGAGGAAGCAUUUUCUCAUCAAGCUCCACGCAAACGUUGCCGCUCUGUGCAAGGACACGUUGGAGUUCACCAUGGCGAGCAGGGAUGCCUGCAAGGCUUUCUGGAAGACGUGUGUGGAGUACCAUGCCUUCUUCCGGCUGUCUGAGGAGCCCAAGUCAAAGCCCAAAGCCCUUCUGUGCAGCAAGGGCUCGAGUUUCCGCUACAGUGGGAGAACACAGAGGCAGCUGCUGGAGCACGGGAGGAAGGCGAAGAUGAAAAGCUUACCCUUCGAGAGGAAGCACUACGCAUCCCACUACGAUGAGAGGCAGUGCCGCUCCUCCCCGGACCUCCUGACGGAUGUGUCCAAGCAGGUAGAGGAGCUGCGCUUGGCCUAUGGCAGCUGUGGCUCCUUCCGCACUGCCAGUGGGGUGCACACCUCCGAGCCCACACUGGACAGCCGCCACAGCGGAUCGGCCACAGCGAUGAUGUUUGCUGCCGAGCUGGAGCGCUUCAAGCCUGAAGUGGCCCCCACCUUCCUGCCCCACUCCAAGAGCAGCUCCGCCUUCCCUCUGCUCUAUGCCCAGCUGGAGCUGGAGCGGGCAUGGGAGCCCACCGACUCCUUUAGCAGCAGAAACCCCUUGACGUCCUUCCGGCCCCACCACAAGUUCACUGGGAGCAGCAGAAGCCCCUCGGUGGGCAACAUGCGGGAGGUCAGCGCCAGGCCGCUGGUGUACAUGGACGUGCCGCUGCCACCCACCCCAGCCCCACAGGUCUUCUUCUACGUGGACAGGCCACCGCCGCCCCUGUGCCACGUGCCCAGCGAGGAGGAGGGGGGAGCAGCCGGUGGGUGCAUCCCCAUGGCCACAAAAACAGGCAUGUGGGGUCCCAGCAGCGCCUGGAUGGGGGAACUGCAGCACGAGGCCUCACACAGGGCUGCGGGCACCAGUGUGGGCCCAGAAGGGGAGAGAAGGCAGGGGGCUCGCUCCUUCGAUUACGGCCUUCAGGAGCAGCCUCCCAAGCGCUCCUGGAGUCAGUCGGACAUGAAGGCCAUCCGCUUCCCCUACAGCUCCGAGUUCAGGCCCCUGGGUCCGUGCCCGGCCCUGAGCAGCCGGAAGGCUGGCAUGCUGCAGCAUGUUCUGGCCCAGCAGGGAGCAAUGCCAGGGCUGCGACGUGCUGCUGAGCGCUACGUGGGCAGCAGCACCGAGUCCAGCGACUCUGAUUCCGACCUCCUGGCUGCCGACUACUGCUCCCUGUAUGGCAGAGUGCUGCGGGCACCCAGGGCCCGUGUGCGGCUGUCCUCGGGCAGCCUGCAGCUGGAGGAGGAGGAGGAUGAAGAGGUGUCCUCGGCCACCAGUGCUGCUGAAGAGAGGACUUCCAGGGGACCCUCCAGGUAUUUCACAUAGGUGCCUCAAGGAGAGGCUGGGCAGAGCCAAGCCUGCUGAAGGAUCACGGUCCUGCUUGCUGUUCGUGAAACAAGGUGGUUGGCUUGUGUCUUGUGAGUGAUGUUAGCUGUAGAGGAUGCGUUAACAGAUAGCUGAGGGCAUUCAGAAGUACCCAUCUCCUGUGGCACACAAGGAAGCUGUCACAUUGCUGUCACCAGGUUGCUCCGAUGCCAGGGAUCCAACACCAGGUAGAAGGGCUAGGGCUCUCCCAAAGCCCCACAGCCACCACCUCCAGUCCUUGCAAGGCUGGCUCAGAGCUCAGCCACUACUGUCAGUACACUGGGAGAGAAGAAAAAGAAGGCAGCACCCCCUGGAAGUUCAUAACAUCUUGUUUUCCCCAGGGAAAAGCACACUUUGAGGCUCCUUUAGAGGGCAGCAGGAUGGUCACGGAGCUGCCAAUGCCCCAGCACAGAGCUUGUCUGCUACUUCACCUUGCAAUGAAGCUCCCAGCCCGAGAGCAGCUGCACACGAGGUGCUUCUUGUAAUGCCCAGUCAUGCACAUUAUCCUUCCCUAAAAAACAUCACAGAGAGACUCAUAAAUCAUUUAGCAGCAUCCCACUGUGAGCUCUCGAAAGUGGGGUAAGAAAUUACAUCCUAUAGCCUCAUUUCUUUUAAGCCUAUUUCUAUUUAGGCUUAUCAGUUUCUGGCAGCAGCUCUAACACCCAGGCCCCUCACAGCCCUGCUCAAAUACAGGUAAAGGAAGCUCCUGAUCUCCCAGCAGCUCUCAGUCAAGCAAUGUGGGGACAAACACCUCAGGAGGUGGUAGAAAAGGAAGGGGCAGUUGGUGCUCACCCUUGGCUUGAAGAAGGCUGCUGUAAACUUUCUUGUUUUCUACACGAACACCACUUUGUAACUAGAGACAGCUCUGGUAAAAAAAUAAAGGAGAAUCCAUCAGACUGGAGGACAUGACUACAACAGGAACAGUUCUAGUAUCUAUGAGAGAUACCAGAAUGGAUUUCAGGAACACAGGAGCUGAAGCAAGGACCAAAUGGGUUAAAAUGUACAAAAAACUAGGUUUAUGGUUACUGACUCACAUUGUGUAUCAUUGUCUUUUGUUUUAGAAGCUGGACAAUAAAGAACAGUUGUUCACA